AUGACAGUUGUUACCGAUAUUAGUCCAGACGGUCGGCUACCGUGCUUAGAUGUGAAGAGCGUCUUGUCUAACAUACAGAUCAAGAUAAUCGAUCUUGAGGAUUCUGUCACAGGCCCUCGUAACAUUCAUUUUGUUCCUGGUACAAUUGGUUAUCGUGCACCAGAAGUAUAUGGUGGUGUUGGCUGGAGCUUCCCUGUGGACGUCUUUGCAAUUGGCUGCUUAACAUUUGAAAUUUUCACUGGUUUGUCAUUGUUUCCGAAGACCGAUGAUAUUCGGGAGUAUUUUUUCUGUCUGGAGAGGCUUGCGGGGCAAUUUACCCCGAGUCAAGCUCAGGAUGUUAGCGAUAUGCACCCUGCAGUAUUCCGUACUAAAACCAAGGUUCCGAAGGUCCGUGGUGCUGCGAUCAAUACCAAAGUUCGCAACAAGUUGUUGCGGCAUGUGGCAGACGUCAAAUGGUUCAAAAAUUAG